AUGGGAAGUGAGGUGGAAGUUAAACUGUCACCGAACAUCACCGAGAAUUUGAAGGGAAAGCUGUGGUCUGGGGCAAGACUUGUUCAGUUUGGAGGAAAUGAGAAGAUUUUUCAGAAAAUGUUCAAUCUCAGCCAAGGAGAGAAGUUACUAAGUUGUUCACGCUGUUAUUUGUCAACCACAGCAGGUCCCGUAGCAGGCCUCCUCUUUAUCUCCACCCAUGUGGUUGCCUUCUGCAGUGACAGACCAAUCGUCGUCUCUUCUUCAGAAGGAGAACUGGGCAGAUUGAACUACAAGGUAACAUUAUACAUCCUUCAACAUUCACAAACCCCUGUGGUUGCUAACAAGUUUUUUGUACUGUGCUUGAUUCAUCAGGUUAUGAUCCCAUUGAAGAAGAUGAAGAGAGUUAACCAAAUAGAGCAUAUAAACAAUCCGUCAAAGAAGUACAUUCAAGUGGUGACUGUGGAUGAUUUUGAUUUCUGGUUUAUGGGUUUUCUGAAUUAUGAGAAAGCAUUCAAGUUCCUCCAAAAGAAGGUUUCUAGAGAUUGAGAAGAUUGGCCUGAGAGGCUCCAAGGAAGUGCCAUCCAGGAAAAAGUUAUGAACAUUGUAAAGAUUCUAUUGGUGACGGGAAUAUAACUCGUCUUAAAAUAUCAGAUAUCAUCAAUUUGUCAAUAUUUUGAUCACAGAUUUGAUCCAUCCUGUUCAAGAAAUCUAAAUGUUUGUUGAAUAAAUUUCUAAUUAAAACACAAAUCACUCAAACUAGAACAGCAAAAAGCUCAGUUUACACAGACGCGUCUCCAAGCUUAACUCUUUAUACAGCAGAUGGUUCGAAAGUGAUAGAUUUGAAGAACAAUGAAGAACAAUAUUAUUCAUAUCCACACUAGAUAACAAAUUUCCAACAUAUAAAUGUUGAAA